CUUCCUCGCGCGUAGGAAGGAAGCUGACUCGCUCUUCUGGUCCGCGGAGGAACUGCGCGCCGCUCGGCGCCACUCCCCCAAAAGGGAGGCUAGCCAACAAGGCAGUUGUUUGUAUCAGCGGGCAAUGGCGGACGCCGAAGUUUGGAGACUGCCGUAUUGAGAAGCGGAAGCCACCGGGGAGCCCGGAUCGAGAGGUGGGGUAGUGCGAGUAGGGCUUGCUUAGAGGUAAGGAGCGGUGUCGCCGGGAUGGCGCGCUUUGUAUGGCGGUGAGAAAAAGGAACCGCAGCUAAAACCGGGCUGCUUCUGAGAGUGCGGCUUGGAAUAACUCCUAAGUCGUGUGAACCGGAUGGGAGGAGGGAUCGGCGCCCAUUUUUCGCGAGCCCAUGCAGGUUUACUCUGAAGUAAGCCCCGCCGAAUCGCGCGCUUGAGAGUUUGCGCGGCGCGUCUCUCCUCUUUGCGACGUGUACAAGCUCAGACUGCGGGGCCUCUGCUCUCGACCCCAUUAAACGUUGGGGAUACUUCUGAAUAAAGAUUUUUAUUUUAUUUUUAAAGGGAGUCGGCUUGUAAGAAGAGGUUACUUAGAGGGUUAACGUCUGAGCUGCGACAUAAACAGCUUUUUUUUUAAAAAAAGAACUGCAUCGGGUGAUAACAGGAUAUGCGCGCUUUGUGCGCCAAGGACGCCGUUUCGGUUUUGCUUCUGGGCCAAAGUACGCAUUAGAAGGGCGUUACGCGUUGCCCUAUUUCCGCCAGCAUUAUUCUUAUUUUAAAGGUUAUUCUUUAAUGAAAAGGGAACAUCCAAGGCUGUGACGAGAAUGGCUUAACCUUUCGGCCCUUUGCCUGCCUUCCCCAAGAGAAGAAAGUCAUAGACAUUUUUUAAAAACUUCUUACAUGAGCUCAGUGAGAGCCCUAUCCUGUUGAUAGCUUUACCCCAGUGGUUUUGUUGGAAAGUAACAGAUCCCUUGUAAGCGAGCGCAUGAUUUCAGCGUGAACAGUUGUUCUGGUCACUUUAAUGGGUUUUAGGAAAACUCCCACAUAAAUAUGCCAAGAGCCAAUUUCAACACAACAAUAGCGAUGCAAUGGCAGGAAUGCAUAGCAAAGCGACAUAACAGCCUGGAACCCUUAUUCCAGAUUCAUUAACUUGAAGUGGUUUUUUAAAAAGGCACAAAAAUCCAGUUAUUUACAAUUAAUCCUAUUUCUGAUAGCAUCCUUUAUCAGCUUAGAUUGCAGUAAUGAAUGAUUGGAACAAGUAGGUAGGCAAAAAAUCCCCCACAUUUAAAGGAUUUAGGUAUGGAUGGAGGUUUAUUUCCUAUCAUACAGGUGUCAUAUAAGUGGCAUUGUAUUCCUAUUUGGAGUUUUCUGUUUGAAUCAUAAUUAUAUUCAAAAGCAAGUGUUUUCCCCUAGCAAGAGAAAUUCUCAUUCACAAUCUUGAAAGGGCAUGUGAUUACAUGCGUCAUUUUGAAUUAUUAGUUAUUUCCCCUUUAGCCUGGACGGAGUUCUUGUGAGUUUCCCAGAGAAAAGCCCCACAUCCUAAUUAGUGACAGUAGAGUUCUAUGUACAUCACAGCAUUCCCUCCCCAAAAAAAAAUCAUGUGAAUUGUAGUUUCCCCCCUUACAGAGCUACCAUUCACAGCACCUUUCACAACCUACAGUUCCCAAUGUUGUUGUUGUUUUUAAGGUGUGUGUGUGUGUGCUUUAAAUGUAUAAUGUGUACAUAGGUUACGUCAGAUAUGCUGUUGACACAACCUCGAUGGCAGAAAGUGAGGAGGAAUUAAAGAACCUUUUAAUGAGGGUGAAAGAGGAGAGCGCAAAAUAUGGUCUGAAGCUCAACAUCAAAAAACUAAGAUCAUGGCCACUGGUCCCAUCACCUCCUGGCAAAUAGAAGGGGAAGAAAUGGAGGCAGUGAGAGAUUUUACUUUCUUGGGUUCCAUGAUCACUGCAGAUGGUGACAACAGUCACGAAAUUAAGAGACGCCUGCUUCUUGGGAGAAAAGCAAUGACAAACCUAGACAGCAUCUUAAAAAGCAGAGACAUCACCUUGCUGACAAAGGUCUGUAUAGUUAAAGCUGUGGUUUUCCCAGUAGUGAUGUAUGGAAGUGAGAGCUGGACCAUAAAGAAGGCUGAUUGCCGAAGAAUUGAUGCUUUUGAAUUAUGGUGCUGGAGGAGACUCUUGAGAGUCCCAUGGACUGCAAGAAGAUCAAACCUACCCAUUCUGAAGGAAAUCAGCCCUGAGUUCUCACUGGAAGGACAGAUCCUGAAGCUGAGGCUCCAAUACUUUGGCCGCCUCAUGAGAAGAGAAGACUCCCUGGAAAAGACCCUGAUGUUGGGAAAGAUGGAGGGCACUAGGAGAAGGGGACAACAGAGGAUGAGAUGGUUGGACAGUAUUCUCGAAGCUACGAACAUGAGUUUGACCAAACUGCGGGAGGCUGGCGUGGUCUGGUCCAGGGGGUCACGAAGAGUCGGACACAACAACAAAUGUGUACAUGACUGAGGAGGGGGAAAAUGCAGCUCAGUCAGGAGUUGUGUGAUUUGCAGUAGAUCAUCAACAAUGAAUACGGUCUUAACAGUGAGUCUGUAAGUGAUUGUGGAAGCCAAUUCUGGAUCCGCACAUCCUUCCACAGUGGGGACAUUGGUUUCCGGGUGGGAGUUGAUCACGGUGAGGGUUUGCCAAGCGUGCCUUCCUUCUAGCACGUUUCUCCCUUUCAUCUGAGUUUGAGCAUCUUCAAAGCCCAUGACAUCUUUGGUAAAGGCUGUUCUCCAACUGGAGCGCUCGCAGGCCAGUGUUUCCCAGUUGUCGGCGUUUAUACUACAUUUUAAAAGAUUUGCCUUGAGAGAGUCUUUAAACCUCUUUUGUUGACCACCAGCAUUAUGCUUUCCAUUUUUAAAUUCGGAAGAGAGUAGUUGCUUUGGCAUCUGAACAACAUGACCAAGAUCAUAUUACUUUAAAUUAAAGCAGGAUGAGGUGGAGGAGAGAGAAACCAGUAAGUUUCAACAGGAGAUCAUGGCUACUAAUCUGGAAUUAUUACUACUCGUUAAUUGUUUAUGCUUUUAUUCCGAGAGUGUGUGAACCUGAUAUGCACUACACAGCAAGCCAAACUAUGUUUUUCCAAUCCUGCAUAAACAUGUAGGCUCCCAUGGAGGAGCUUGCUGGGACUUUAUUCCUUCAUAAUCCUUUUUACCGCCACCUUGAGAUAAUUUUGUAGCUCGUGAGGGAGGCGCUUAACCAUGAAUCCCACUUCACACAACACACUAAGCCAAACUUUGUGUUAGCUCCGUGCAAUAAAGCAGUCUCCUCAUGCCAUAGAUUGGUUUAUCCUGUCAGGUGAACUAGUCCCGUGACAGUUUAAGUUCCUCUUAUGUUUUGAUAUCUAGACUCAGCAAGGAACCCGGAGCUACACAAUUGUGGAAGAAUUAGUUAUAGAUGUCUUAAAACAAAUCGUCACACAGCAGGAAUACUAUAAAUGUCACAGAAUAAGACAGUAAUCCCCAACUUGGCAUCUGUGGGCGCUAGGCCCUUGUGCAUUUAUUUUAUUUUAUUUUUUAAAAACGGGAAUUUGGAAAUUUAAGCACUGUUGUUUUUAAAUGGCAGGAGCUUCCUUCAUGGAUAGAGGGGCUUUUCUGAAUGGCGGGGGUGGUCAAGUAUGCUGGGUGUGUGAAUGUUUGUUUGAGAGACGGAGAAAUGUAUAUGUGCUCUUCAGUGCUUCAAAUUGACUUGGCUUCCUUACUUUGUUUUGCAAGAAAAUACAUCAAGGGGGAUGACUGAUUUUUAAAAGUAUGCAUGUGAUGUGUGGAAUGUCGGAGACAUGACUUUUUUCUUAUCUGGGUGUGAAGAGUGGUAUUUCCUGUAGUAUUUCAAGGAUGAAUGUUUCUGGUCAGAUAAUGGAGAGCCCACUUCCUCUGUCAUCAUUGGUCCCCCAGGAGCUAAUUCCAGGACUGAAAAACGUUAUCUGGACAGCAGAAAUAGAAGGCUUGUAAUUCCAGGACUGAAAAACGUUAUCUGGACAGCAGAAAUAGAAGGCUUGUAAUUUCUCAAGACUUUUGCCCAUGAGGAGAAGGAUCUAGCCGGCUUAUGAACAGGCAGUUUUAAUUUCUAGCUUUUAUUUUUCACAUUAAAGACCCGAAAGCAAAGCCUGGCUGCUGGAGAUCAAGGGGGAAGGAGGAGGAUAUUGUGUUCAGAAGAAAAAGGCUGAUGACUUGGCUUUCCUGUUUAGGAAACACACACGACUUUUUAAAGGGACAGUGGCUUGUGAUGACAGUUCCCCAAGUGCCAGCUGCCCUCCUUCACCGAAUUGAACAGGAACUGGACGCGGAGGAAAGGGAAACCAUGCAGUAUUUGUGCAGAGAUCUUGUUCCUGACGUACCUGCUUCAGAGACCCGGAAACUCUUUGUGGCUUUGAACGAGAGGGAGAUACUGACGCCUAGCACCUUGUCUGAACUCCUGUACAGAUUGAAGAGAUUUGACUUGCUGAGGAAAGUCCUGGGGACUGGGAAGGCAGCUGUGGAAGCCAAUUUGUCCCGGUAUCCCCCAUUGAUACCAAAGUACAGGGUGCUAAUGGCAGAAAUCAGCAAGGAACUGGAUGAAGAAGAUCUGCGUUCCUUUAUGUUCCUCAUGAUGAACGAUACAUCCCAUGGGAAGACAGCAAAAGAGAAGACUUUCCUGACAAUUAUAACUGACCUUGAGAACCUAGACCUGGUGUCUCCUAGCCGCCUAGAUUUUCUGGAAGAUUGCUUCUUGCACAUGUGCAGGAGAGACUUGGUGAAGAGGAUCCAGAAGUUCAAGCAGGAAGCUCCAGAGCAUCCCCUUGGCUCUUCAUCUGUAUGUGCUAACAGACUUCAGGCAUCAUUUCCUGAGCUGUCUAUUGCUGAUCCUCCAGGGGUUGCGAACCAAGGAAGGCUGUCAAAUGGAGAGUGUGCCUUUCAGGCAGCAAAAGUUAACAUAUCAAUACCAGAAACAGGAGGAGCCCAAGCACAGGUCCUUAACAAAUACAGAAUGCGGAGCAAUCCCUUGGGAGUAUGCUUGAUUAUAGACUGCAUUGGCAAUGAUACAAGUAUGUUGGCAGAAGCCUUCCGAGCCCUGUCCUUCGAAGUCCGCUGUUGCCUGUUCCCGAGCGUGGACUCUUUGGUGCGUGAGCUGUUCGAAGUCGCGAGGCUGAAGCAGCACAAGGACUACGACUGCUUCGUUUGCAUCCUCGUCAGUCGAGGGGACGAACAAGGCAUCUUCUGCACUGACCACAGUCUUCCUGCGUUCUCCCUGGAGAGGGUGAAGAAUUUCUUUACUGGCGAUGCGUGUGUUUAUCUCUCGGGGAAACCAAAGCUGUUCUUCGUCCAGAACUACGUUGAGCCCGGAAACAGGCAGGAAAAUACCAGCUUAAUAGAGACCGAUGGAGGAGAUCGGUAUACCAUCCCGCAAGGAGCAGACAUUCUCUGGAGCCAGUGUAUGCUGGAUGCAUCGCACUUGGAGAGAUUGCAGAGUGCAUCCUCUUACUACUUGUCUGUUCUAGCUGAGCUUCUGACUGAGCCGCACAAAAGGAAGUUGCAUCUGCUGGAUAUCCUGUUGGAGCUGAACAACAGAGUUUAUUCGCGGAACAGGACUCACCCUAUGGAACAGUAUUUUGUCAUGUUGAAGCAUACCCUAAGGAAAAAGCUUUUCCUCUCUGAGACCUAAAUACUCAAAGCCUAACUCACAGCAGGUGUGCCCUAGGGGGACAUCCCUUUGAAUGCCACCCACUGGUUCCCCCUGUAAGGUCAAGAAUCACCAGCUAUGGUAGGAUUUUGUCCCUUCUUUGAGCUGCCAGGCAUCCAAAGUUCAGAUAGAUAGAUGCUGGGUUAAAGGACAAUAUAAUCAAACGUAACAUAGCAGAUUAUUAGACGUCACUGAUCACACCUCUUCAUUUUUAAACUUCUUUCUCACAACCCUUUUGAGGGUUUCCUUCUGCCCUGUUCUCCACUUGGGGGUAGGUGCGAUGUCAGUGGAAAGGAGGGGUGCAGACCUUAAGCACUAGAGAUGUGUCUGAACUCACAGGUGGAGAGUAACGGGCAGCUACAAUAAACGGAGGAUGUGGCUCAGUUGAGCCACGUAGAUGGAAGCGAGCACUACUGCAUGGUCAGAAGAAUCUGGUAUAAAUCCUCCAGGGGAAAAGAAACUUGGCAGAACACGUACUAUUAAUAUAUUUAUUUAUAUUUGUUAUUUUGUUCAGAUAUGUAUAUUUCACCUACACGUUUGAUUGUUGCUGUUUUUUUAAAGAUUCCUUUCGAUCAUUAUUCCCUGAUAAUUUGUUUCUGUUUGAAAAGUUCCUUCUAAUCGGAUCUAAAGAAGCCCAAUUUUUCUAAAUGACUGCUUGAAUACUCUCUUACAUUAAUUCAUUUAAGUUUAUUUAAUAUGUGUAUUCUAUUUUUCUAUUAAAAUAACAAUCAAAUUGGCUUCUAACAUUGUAGCUUUCAAAAUGAAUUUUAGUAUAAUUCAGUAUCUUAUCAUUUAUUUAUUUAUUUAUUUCUCUCGAGCAGUUCUCUUUAAAAAAAUGAGAGACUUCAAUGUAGGAAGUUGAGCAAAACCAAUGAUCAGGGUUUUUUGGUACUCUUUUCAUCUCACACUUAAGCACAGUCUAAGACUAAAACAGUACAUGCCCUUACUUGGGAAUAAGUUUUGCUGAACUCAGUAGAAUUUGCUACUCAAUAAGCAUGGGCAAAAUAGGGCUGAGAUGACUAGAACCUUUUAAUUAUUUUAAAAUGGCUCUUACAUUACCCAUUGUUCAUUUAGAAAACCUGUAGCCUUCCAGAUGUUGCUGGACUAUAACUCCCAUCAUCCCUGAGUGUAGCCUGUGUUGGCUGGGGCUGAUGGGAAUUGAAGUCCCAACAUCUGGGGGUCCACAUCCUUGAUAUGGGAACGACUCCAUUUAUGCACCAAAGGGGCUCCAGGUGUACAUCCUUUGCAGAGUUAGUGCCUUUUUCAGUCCCAUUGAUUUCAAGGGACUUAAGUAUACAGUACCUUGAUUCUGCAUAACUUGGACGGUGUCUUAAUAACACAUAUUUAGGGGGGGGCUAAGCCCCAUUGAAUCCAGUGUUUCUGAGUAGGCAUUCUGUGAUGUAGCACAAAACAUUUAAUGUCGUUUGUGGAUUAGUUGCCAAAUGAUGGUUCACGGGGAAACAUGGCAAAGACCAAAUGGGGAAUGCAACUAGAUGUUAGGGGUGUGCAAAUGUCUUGUUUCAUUGUUUUCCACUUGAUUGAAGUUUGGAGAUUUCUAAUAAAUAUUUGCAAACA